ACGUAAGAGAGAACAAUGGCUAAACCUGGUCUUAUUAACUUCCAAUGCUCCAUCCCCUGCCCAACCCUCCUCCACGCCACUCCGCCAACCACCUGGAAGCCCGGCAUCAGAACAUUCCUGGCAUUCCCACGAUUGGCAGAUAGCAGGUUGAUUGGCAUGUCGGACCCCGCGAACACGGUACUGACUGGUGAUGGGUUGGACACAGACUUCAGUGGAUUCUCUGUCCCUCUUGAGCAUUCCUUUGAAGUUGAUGAUGUGUCUCGGUUCCGUGUGCGUGGAGCUCUGCAGUUAAGGGGUGGGAGGGAAACCAGUGUGUCCCUCUCCCAGAGCCAGCUAUCAGAGGAGGACAGGAACACUCUGAAGGAAGUGGCUGCUGUGGAUGGUCUGUACAAAAUCCGAGUGCCCAGAGUGUCUUUGACAGACAGGCAGACAGAGCGCCAGAUGGAUGGCUACCUGACGGCGUUCGUCAGAGCGUGCUCUUUAGUUGAGUCCCACCUCAGCGAUGUCAUCACCCUCCACACUGAUGUCUCUGGCUACCUCAUCGGUGUUUCCAUAGUGACCAUUCCAGGCGCGUGUCGGGGGACAGAGGUGGAGGACGAAGUUGAUCUGGAGGCCUUUAACACUACGCUGACCAUCAUAGCGCCUACCAAUGCACCCCAGCCGGAGACUGCUCUGUUUAUUGAGCACAUGGACAUAGAACAUGAAAAGAGAGGCAAGCCACAGGAGCAGAAAUCCUUCUUUGCCAAAUAUUGGUAUUUGAUUCUGGGAGGUGCAAUCUUCCUCAUGGCCAGCAGUUCGGCACAACCCUCAGCAGGGGGAGCCGAAGAGCAGCAGAGCUGAUUCCCACUCAAUGGAUGUACAUUGUUCCCCUCGUUCUCUUCCUGAUGAUGUCAGGAGCUCAGGAUCAGUCCGGGGGUGGAGCAGCUAAUGGAGGAGGCCGAUGAUCGCCAUGCCAACAUGAUUUAUGUGGAGCAGUUUCUUCUACUUGUAAAUAAUUAUGUAGAGAAAUGCACACCAUUCAACACACUGUUACACAUAGACUAAUGUGGACCGAUGAGCUAACCUUGAGAACGUAUGUCAUGAACUUAAUUUUUAAUAUUGAAGUGAUGGGAAAAAUAAAAUAUUUAUUACUACCUGA